CAUCUCUUGACACCAAAGAAAAAAAAGAACCAACUGAGAAAAAGAAAGAUGACGUAAUAGACGCUGAAACUGUUUUCCCAAAGUCUAUUAGUAUGAAAUUAAAAGAUACAGAGCAAGCUUUAAGAAACAUAAAUUCUAUUUUUAUGUCGACUACUAACACUCAUGCUAAAAUUGAAGUGUCAGACCCAAAAAAUGAAGCCGUCUUUGAAACAGUAGAGCCCAGUGAAAAUACAACUAACGAAAAUAAUAGUACCACAGCAAACGAUGAAAUCCCAAAUGCUGAAAACCGAGUCAAUGUACAACCUGCAGCUCAAAAGUUUGAUGAAAAGAUGGAACAAACUCUACAUACUGCUUUAGAAAAUAUAUUUGAAAUAAGUAAUGAUGAAAACCAAGAAAACAAAGAAUUAGAAUUCAAGGAAAUGAAGAAUCUUGCUCGUAAUAUUGUAGAAGGUGCUGAAAACCUUAGUACAUUGAUUCGCGAAGAUAUUACCAAUAAAUUAAACAGCAUGAACGAGUUAUUGAACGAUGUGAAUCAAGCUUUAGAGAAUUCUAAACAGUCUAAUAUUGCUUAUCAGAAAAUUAAAGAAGAGGGUGAGGCUCUGCAACGUGAACGAAGUAGCAAAGUUGGUAAAGUUACUGUAGUGGAAGUCACCGAGGAGAAGCAAGAAGACAUUAUAAAUGCCAGCUUGCUUGUCAAAGAAUCUGUCACCUCAGGCGUUACGAAUUCCGAGAUUGAUGAUAUAAGGAGUGCUAUAAGUAAACUCAAUGCUGAAUUAGUCUGUCAUGAAGAUAGAAUCAACGAAAGCAAGCAAAGAUAUGAAAUGAGGAAUAAAGAGUGCAAGGAUUUCAUAGACGAAGUCAGUGUGAUCAUGCAGAAAUCUAGAGAAAUCUUACAUCCAAAAGAAUUCGCUCAAGAAAAAGGUUUGUUACAACAAAAAGAAGCGGAAUCAGUCAAGCAAAUGAAUGAAAAUGGAGAAAACAAACACACACGCGAUUUGAACAUCGAUCUUGAAAGUUACAAAUGCCAAACAAAUAAGAGGCUGGAAGAAUUCAAAAAACAAGAAUCUGAAAGAAGCAAGCGUAUAGAUAACCUCCUUCAUGAAAUUAAGGAUAAAAUGAAAGAUAACAAAGAAGUUUUAAGACUUGCGAAUAAUCUGUUGAGAAGAGAGGAAAAUAAAAAGAAAGUGCUUGAGGAGCAUGAAGCGAAGAAGAAGACUUAUUCGGAUUAUGCAAACAUGGACAGUAACGCUCAAGGCGACCAUGAAGACGUGGAGUACAAAUCAAGUUAUCAAGAAUUAAAACACAAGAUACCUUUGAUCUCUGAAAUUCCGCCUAUAGAAGGAGUUGUAAAAGGUAUAAGUCCUAUCGAAAAAAUGCGAAAAGAACAAGAACGGAAAAAGAAAGAAGAAGAAGAAAAAGAGAAACAGAGGCAAAGAGAAUAUCAAAUUAAACUGGAAAAAGAGUUAGAAGAGAUGAAUAAGGCUCCGAGAAUGACAAAGGCGUUUAUCAAAGAUCACUGUAGACAGCACAAGUUGUACUACACACCACAUUUGAAUGAUAUACUUUAUUUGCAUUUCAAGGGUUUUGCCAAGAUCGAAAAUCUUGAAGAGUACACAGGCCUCAAAUGCAUCUUUCUCGAAAACAAUGGAAUUCAAAGAAUUGAAGGCUUGGAUACUUUGUCGGAAUUAAAGUGUCUUUAUUUGCAUUACAAUAUCAUCCGAAAGAUAGAAAACCUACAGGGCUGUGCCAAAUUAGAUACCCUGAAUUUGGACCAUAAUUUUGUUGGAAAGAUUGAAAAUUUAGAUCAAGUUCCAGUUCUUCAUACGUUAAGUAUGGCGCAUAAUAUGCUUGCGACAGUGGAUGACAUAAUCGAACUCAAGUUCUGCACUAAUCUCUCAGUUUUGGAUUUGUCUUACAAUCGUAUUGAUGACCCACUGAUAAUCGAUGUAUUAUCCGAUAUGGCUAUUUUGAAAGUGUUAGUCCUAACGGGCAAUCCCGUAGUCCGUAACAUUCCUGCAUAUCGCAAGACGUUGACUCUGAGACUAAAGGAGCUGUUAAACCUGGAUAACAGGCCUGUAUUUCCACGAGAUCGUGCUUGCGCUGAAGCUUGGCAAAGGGGUGGCGUGCAGGAAGAAAUCGCUGAAAGGCGACGUUGGAUAGCUCGAGAUCAGGAAAAAGUGAUGGAGAGCGUUCGCUACUUGAUCCGUAUAAGAGACGAGAAUAAAGCUAAACGAGAGCAAAAGGAAAAGGAAGAAAGAGAAAAACUUGGCCUACCACCAAAGAACGAAUCCGAAGAAGAUAUCCAAGAGGAUAACUCAACUGUUUCAAGAAUAGAAAUCGAGGGACCUAGUACACUUGAAGAAAAAUUUGGCGGCGAAGUGGUCACAAAAAGUGGUAUGCCAGUAGAUAUGCUGUCAGGGUCAGAGGCGGAAUCUUCUAGUGAUUCUAGUAGCGAUGACAGCGAUGAUGGUGGGAAAGAAGAUGAAACAGAGACAGGGAAUAUCGAAUGGUCUGGUAAUGGAAAACAACUCGUUCAAGAGGUACAUUCUGAGAAUCCUCCACCCCCAGAAGAGUAUUGGCACGGCUACAGAGGAGUCUUCAACGGUGAACCUACGUGCAGUCAAAAGUCACCUGUUACGGACAUUGAAGCAAUCCACGACAUGCUUUUCAAUCAACAACCACACGUUGAUAGCAAACGUAGAAUCACUAAAAUAUUGGAUGAUCGUAAAAAUGAAAAACGCCAAAUGAAAUCUCCAGUUGUAGAUGAAUUGGCAUCCGACAAAGAAAAUGUUAAAAAAGCCGAAGAAGCUAACAAGAAACCACUGAUUGAAAUUCUAGAAAGUUAUCAAGAUAAUCCAAAAGAUCCUAAGACUACAGAAGAAACGGAAUCAGUAGAUCUAAAGACUGUUAAAAUAACGAACAAACAAGAUAAGAAAUCUGAAAAUAAUGAUUAUCAGCAACCCGAAGGUGUCGUCAGAGAAGGAGAUACGAUUAUAGAUCAUGACAAAAAACUUCUUCAUGAUUUAUCAAAUGAAAAUAAUAGGGACAUCACAUCUCAGCUAAAUAAAAAAUCAGAUGAAAACAAAAAAGCUGACAAUUUAGGAAAACCUAUGAAAAAAAUAAAUAUCUUAGAAAUAAAGGCUACUGAAUCAAAAUCUAUUAAAACAAAGCAAGUUCCCAUAAAGGAAAUUUCAAAAACUAUACGUAAAGAUAAGGAACAAAUAAGUAAAAACAUCAUGGUGACGGAAAUGCCAAAAACCAAAAAUGAUUCUAAAAAGAACGUCAAAGAUGAGAAUCAAAAAGAAAAGAGCAAAGAAACCAAGAAAGAAGAAAAGGAUGCCUCUAAAGGAAAUGACGCACCUAGUGCAGCUGGGAGUCAAGGGAGCGGUGAUUCACAACAAUCUCCUGAAUCGCAAAUCGAUGGCGACAGCAAUGCCUUCUUGAACUACAUGCGUCGUAUGAACGACCCUGAUUUCGAUGUUGAUGAAGGAUUGAACCUCGAACCGAGUGCUGAAGAUCUGGAGAUAUUCGCCGAAUUGGAUAGAGAACAAGAGGAACGUCAGAGAAGAAUCGAUAGGGGAGAACCUCCGGUUGAUCCCAUGAAACUUUAUGAUAAGAAGACAAUGGACGAAUUCUAUAAGCAAGAAGAGAGAGUACCUGCCCACGAGAUAAAGGAGAAGACUACCUAUACUACUUACAGGCUUGACAACGCCUUUGACAGGGUUGCUUUGAGUCAACUCACUGAGGGAGACAGACCUGAUGCGAACAAAGUAAAGCUGACUCAUGUACCAGGAGCAAUUCUCUUCCAAUAUGUGGACCAGCAAAAACCCGCUGAAAUAGCAUAUGAGAUCGGGGAAGAACAGAAAGAGUCUGACCUAUCAUCUGGAGAAACUGAAUCCAUAAACAUAUCUAGCGAGGAUAGUUCUUUAGAACAGACAGAAGAUGCAAAGGAUGAAACUUUACAGCCUACAAGAAACCUAAAAUUAGCAGGAAAAGAUAACAAAACGAAAACGAGAGACACAAAACCGACAGAAGCUGCUGAAUCGGAUAAGAAAGGAGCCGUAGACACUGAACCCAAAGAUGGUAAGAAAUCCGAUAACAAAGGAAGUGCAGAAAACACAAAGAAAAUAGGGAAAUAUGAGAAAACGAAAAGCUCAGGAGAAACUCGUAACUUAUCUAGACAAAGAUGUAAAUCUGCAAAGUCAGAUACGAAACUUUCGAGUACUCCUAAGAAUAAAGUCGACGGAGGCAAGAAAUAUGCCAAUGUUGAUGACGAUCCUAUGUUGAGAGAUGAGAAAGAUUUAGACGGAACUAUUCAAGAAUCUGAAUUUGAACCAACACAAGCACCGUACUCCGGUCCUACGACAUCGUACGAUAUGAUGAUUGCAGUGGACCGCAACGAAGCCAAGAAAAAUAUCAUCGGUACAUUCAACUCAUACGCUGAUAAACGGUAUCCUUCACAAGGUGUUAAUUACUCAGAUAUGUCAGAAAACGCUCGUAUUGACGAUUCUGUGGCUAACGAGAUUCUGGAACGAACAUUGCGCUAUGAAGAGCAAGAACUGUACCGCCAGUACGAUUAUCUGACCAGUCACGCUGGCAAAGUGGAUAACAGGACCAACACAAUAAUUGAGCAUAUGUCUGACCAACUUUCUGAUCAGUGUUCUCGUACUGAUGUAUGUCGCAUGAUUGAGGCUCACAUCGAGUCAGCGGAGCAAUUGUGGCGCGCAGGAGAAUACGAACGAUACAUUCCGGUCAGUCCUACAGAGUCAGACACGGAACCUGAUAAUGAACCAACUCUUGUUCCGAGUCAUGACACUUCCUUCGAAGACACGUUGACUGAAGACAACGUUCAGGCCAAAAUGGAAGUUAUACAGGAAGAUGUUAAUAUUGAUGAGGGAAAUGGAAGCAUUGCAGCUAGAGAUUGUAAUAGGGAUGGUAAUGAGAAAGUUCGAGAUGGUGCAGAUAUCGUAAGUACCUAUGAUACAGCUACCGACGGUAGUGUUACGUCACGGGAUGAACUUGAGACUGCGAGAGAAAGAGGUGCUAGUGAUUUAGAUGGGAAUGAGGACGUAGAUUUGGAUGGAAGUGAAGUGGUGAUUGAAGAUGUUGAACAGUCAUACAUGUCUAUGGCAGAAGAUAUGGACGAAGCGUUUGAGGAUUGUGUUAGUGAUGAGAAAAAUUUUGAUCGUAUUGUUGAGAACUAUUCUUUAGAAAUGAAGCUAGCUCUAGGCAUCGAUAAUGCAAAGUAAACAUUGAUUAGUAUAAAAGUCUAUUUAUUGAUGACAUUUUAUUAACUUACUGGGCCUUUCAUAAUUAAAUUAAAAUAUUAAUAAAUAGCACAGUUAAAGAUGCCAGAGGAAUAAGCAAUUUUUUUUUAGUUUAUAAUCUGUCGCUGGUCAAAUACACUUACGUAUUUCAAAUCAAAUUUAAAUAUUGUCAUGGUUAUAUUAUUUAAGAUUUUUCUGCCUCUGUGUCUCCUUUAGCAGGUCUGUCCUAGUUUGUAUACCUUGUUCAGACGAAUUAUUUAUUGUAUUCAAUGCUUUGUUACGCUUUCGUAUAGACGUAUGAUAAUUAUUAUGUGAAAC